GUUGACACAGGGUAAGCACCUGGUCCAUUUGAUUUACCUGGCUGCACCGGCAUCGACCGUAGUCUUUUGCAUCCCAGACUUCCUCCCAUACGAGGAAGUCCUGUACUAUGCAGUGAGGACAGUAGAACAGAAGUCACAGUGAAGUGUUUUUAUCGGUGCUAAACCGGGCUUUCCAGCGUCUUCCUGCGAGGUCGAGUCAACACCAUUGUAGUCUGUGCUGGUUUAGAACUUAGGAUUUGCAGGUCUGGCCUUGCAUUCAGGAUCAAAGUCACCGCAGCAUGUCGAGCCACGCAAUGUCCUCGUCGAUAGUACUACUUUUUCUGUGCGUCCUCUUCGCGACGCUGGUACACUGUUUUCCAUCGUCAGAAACCAACCAGCAACAACAGUCGCAUAGAAUUCGCGACGCGAUCCGGCAACCGUUGGGAUGGAAACGUACUACGCGUGCCGAGACAGACACCGUCGUUCAUCUGCAAAUCGGCCUGAAGCACGAUGGCUUCAAAGAACUAGAGCGGAGACUGUAUGAAUUAUCAAAUCCAUCCCAUCCAUCCUACGGCCGCCACCUUUCCGGAUCUGACGUGGCACAGUUGCUCAAGCCGUCCGCCGACACGGUCCGGAAGGCAGAAGACUGGCUUAUUGAACACGGCAUCACCAAAUAUGACAUGACACCCGCCAGGGACUGGAUCCGGGCUUCGGUUCCUGUCCGGACAGCCGAAACUCUCCUAGAUGGCGAGUUUUACCAUUUUGAAAGCGACACCGACGGACACGUACUGGUGCGCACGCUGGAAUGGUCACUGCCGGAACACCUCCGCGGCCAUAUCGACGUCGUGCAGCCAACCAACUCGUUCCUCCGCACCGUUCCACAAGACCGAUACGGCGGUAUCCAGAAACCCGCCUGGGAGGUCGAGGGGCGAGUCCCGACGUACGAUGAGCUCGUCGAGGAGGACCUCGUGGAGCGUGGUCACAUUGAUAUCCCCGCGCUCGCGGACCUGCCGCCCAACCCGACCGUGGCAGACGCCUGCAACCGGCUGGCCAUCUCGUCGCUGUGCCUACGUGUGCUGUACGGGACGCUAGACUACGAGGUGCAGCAGCCCGUCGAUGUCAACGCAACGAACAAGGUGGGUGUCGUCAACUUUCUCGGCCACAACAACAACCGGUCGGACAUCGCGCGAUACCUCGAGUUGUACCGACCGGACGCGGCCGCCGCGGGCGCGGCGACCGCCUUCCAGACAGUGCUGGUGGCCGGGGCGGUGGACCAGCAGACGCCCAACACGCCCGAGCAGAUGAGUCGGGCGAUGGGUCUCGAAGGCGCACUGGACGUCGAGACGUUGCUGGGCGUGGCGCACCCCGUGCCGCUGGUCGCGUGGAACGUGGGCGGGCGGCCGCCGUUCCAGCCGAGCGCGAACAAGGUCGAGAACUCCAACGAGCCAUACCUCGAGUGGUUGCACCACCUGGCGGCGCUCGACGACGCGGCACUCCCGCGCGUCGUGUCGGUGUCGUACGCCGAUGAGGAGCAGACAGUGCCGCCGCGCUAUGCCGCCCGCGUCUGUGAGGCCUUCGCGCAGCUCGGCGCACGCGGCGUCAGCGUCAUCGUCGCCUCGGGCGACGAGGGCGUCGGCAAGGAAGGCAAGUGCGUCUCCAACGAUGGCAACGAAACCCCGAGGUUCAUGCCGGCCUUUCCCGCCUCUUGCCCCUAUGUCACGGCCGUUGGGGGCACGCGGCACUUUGAACCGGUCAUGGCUGGGUUCGAUGCGCGGGGCGGGUUCAGCACAGGCGGCGGCUUUAGUAACUACUUUCCCCGGCCCCGCUACCAGGAGCCGGCCGUUGCGGCCUACGUUGCCGGCCUGAACACGACACACCAAGACCUAUACAACCCCCACGGCCGGGGGAUUCCCGACGUCGCCGCCAUGGCCUACCACUUCCCCGUUGUGUGGAAUGGCACGUCGCAUCUGCUGGAUGGCACGAGCGCGUCGGCGCCGGCCUUCGCCGCCGUUAUUGCCCUCGUCAAUGACGCGCUGCUGGCGGAGGGGCGGCCGCCUCUGGGCUUUCUGAACCCCUGGCUCUACAGCUCGGCCCUGCCUGGCCUGCGUGAUGUCGCCGCCGGCUCAAACCGCGGCUGCGGUACCAUGGGAUUUCCGGCCGUGGAGGGCUGGGACGCAGCCACCGGGCUCGGCAUGCCGUGGUUUCCAGUCCUCAAGCAGUUGGCGCUCCGGGAUGCUUUUCGGUGGGACCAUCCUUGGUAUAUAGCGAACUUGGCAUGACAAAGGAAAAGACUGAUCAGACGGUUCUUCCCCACUGGAUUGCGCCGGAAGGUGGUUAGAGUCAUGUAUAUUCAUCCUGUAACAGUAAUUACAAUAAGACAAACCAAAAUUUUGAAUAGGAGGAAGA